CUCUUCCGUAUUCAUGAAGGGAGGGACAUGAUAGCCGACUGAAACAGACUCUCCAAAGGAAUGACUGGAAGGAAAAAGUUUCUGACUGUGACAGAGACUGUCCCAAUGAUGACCUCCAAAGACAAAGGACACUGACAUAUUAGUAGGGUGGGGAAACUGUCAGCACAACACAGAACGGAAACAGGAUUUUGUGUGAGUGUGUGUGAGUGGAUGUAUGCGUGAGAUUGUACCUCCUGUACAAAAGCGUGUGUGAGGAUGGGCAUGCGCCUUGAUUCGCCAAAAGGAGUUUAUGUGAGUAAAUGAGAGUGAUUUCACUGUAAAGAAGUCCGUGAAAGUCUUCUGAUGCCAUGAGACUAUAAACCAACACUGUCCACCUCAAGAAGCCGCUGGCCAAAGGACAGUGUCUCCUACCUCAGACAGCUUGGUCAGGUGGUACCAAGUACGCCCACCACUCAGCCGCCAACAUGCUGCAGCAGAUCUUAAAGGACAUGUACAUCGACCCCGAUGUGCUCAACGCUCUUAACGAGGACCAGAAAAAGACUCUGUUCCUGAAAAUGCGCCAGGAGCAGGUGCGGCGCUGGAAGGAACAGGAGGAGAAACUGGAGAGAGAAGGGGGGGACAAACGGACAAAGCCAAAAAAAGCCAACAGUAAGAAUGUGAGCUGGCUGCUCGGCCGGGACGGAGACGUGGCGGUCAUUGUGAUUGGGGAGGUGGAUGAGCUGAGCUCCAAAUUCAUCUGCUCGGGAUUUGGAGAAAAGAAGACGCCGACUCUUCAGAAUAAUACAAACCAUCAAACCAUCUUGAAGAGCAGAAAAAACUCAGAACCUGCCAGAGAGAACCUUCCUCCUAAAACACAACCUGGGAUCUCACUGAAUUUAAAGGGGAAAUGUGAGGAGACGAGCACUUUACUCCCUCUGCCGGUGUCAGUGAGUGAGCAUUCAUCACCUCCAGCAGCAGAGAAGCCCGAGUCGAAGUCAGCCAGUGCAACUGAGGAGAAGUCAGUUCCCCAGCCCUCCAUCUGCUCCAGGCCUCCCAUGAGAGCGAGCCCUGUCAGUGUGAGACCAGCUUCUGCAAAUGCAGCACCAGGCUCUGUCAACACGAGACCCGGCAUGGCAAAUCUGAGGCUGGCCACCGCCACACCGGCCCCUUCCCCCAGCAGCGCUGUCAAAAUAGACUCUGGAUCAACCAAAGGUGGCCUGCACUCACAGGACUCUCAGAAGCCCCAGGAACAGCAGAGUGGGAAAGGCGCUGGUGCUUCAGAAGUGUCUCGGAGGGCUGCCUCAGAGGAGGCCGGUUCAUCAGGGAGCACACCAACCUGUGCAGGGCGUGGCCGGGUUGCUCAGCUGAUGAAAAACUUCAGCGUCGAAAGCACUACAACCCCCACCCAGACCCCCAGUCGUGGCAUCAAACCCCCUCUCCCCAGCAAGCCUGGCCACCUGCGUCUAACGACCACACCUACUGUCAGGUAAUCCUCACGCACUGAUGUACAGACGCACACCCAGCUUCACGCAUCCCAGUGAUUCAAAAAAACGCCACACUGGACAAUACGUGCCCCUGAAUGUGGAGCCUCAGCCAGUGGGUUAAUGGGAUGGAGAACUCCAAAGGUGUUCACAAUGUUGCUAUCACUCCAAAAGCACAGCAAUGGAAAUGCUUGAAUGUAACUGUUUUCUUUUAUUUUUGGAUGCUGCAGUACUGUAAACACUCUUUGUGGGAAAGAAAUUCCAAAGCAAUUGAUGGCGAUGUAUUUUUCCAGGGAAUUAAUGAUUAUCACAUGUAUUCACUUGAUGUUGAUGCUUUCCACUUUGUGUAACACGUUGAAAAAACACACACAUUUUCUCGUCCUAUUCGCAAACUCUGUACAAACAAUAUUGUUUACUCACCAAUGACAUUAUUUCCAUUACUUAUGAGACGGUUUGCAUGAGCUCAUGCAAACACACGUGUGGUUCAGGACAAAAGAAUGAGCACGGGCAAGCGGAAUAAGGCACAGUAGGGUCCUCCUUCAUCUUGCUGUCUCCUCCUUGGGAAUACUCUAGGGUUGUUUAUUUGUCACAAUGCAAUGUAUGUCUCCCUCUGCCACCUGGCAGGAGCCUCACUGCGACCUGUUGUGGACCAAUGACAGUGCCAAAUGCAUCGUCUGUCACUCCCAGUGGAUCAAGUUAGACAGUCGCUGCCAAAUAAUCCAGCUCUGUGUUACUCAGUACUAUUUUAGAGAUGUGUGGCUGUACUUUUUCUUUCUUUCUUUUAUUUGUUUUUUACAUUUUCUGUAGGGAGAAAGAAGUUUUGUAAUGGGAUAUUUAACGUUACUACAAUGCUCACUUGUAAAAUGAAAGAUGUUUUUUAUCUUUGAUGUCAAUCUUGUAUGGUGCAAUCAAAGAAACAAUAAAAUUGUGUUACUUGUA